AUGUCUACUCAAGAAACUGAACAUACACUGAUGACUAUCAGCGCCGAAUAUGUUGCCCUGGUAGGGUCUUUUCUUUUUGUUGGAUUGGAGGCUUUCAUCAGGAUACUGACCCUUGCUUUACAUAUCUCCACCGCUGUUCGUAAUGCAUCUGACUUUGUAGAAAUAUGUGCCCUCUAUGGCUACUAUGCAGAGGAGCAUGUAGUUCGAACAGGAGAUGGUUAUCUUCUUGGACUACAUCGACUCGCCUGGCGCAAAGGCGAGGAGUCUCAGAGAGUCAACAACGGACCCGACAGCGUUAAGAAAAGCGUCGUGUAUCUGCAUCAUGGUUUACUCAUGAACAGUGAGGUUUGGGUUUGCCUUACUGAUGAGGAGAGAUGUCUACCUUUCAAGCUUCUGGAAAAAGGCUAUGAUGUUUGGUUGGGUAACAAUCGCGGAAACAAAUAUUCUAAGAAGUCUGUGCACCACUCACCUACAGACAUUCCAUUUUGGAAUUUCUCAAUGGAUGAAUUUGCUCUCCAUGAUAUUCCGGACAGUAUCAGCUACAUUCUUGAAGCUACCGGAAUGCCUUCUUUAUCAUAUAUCGGCUUUUCUCAAGGAACAGCUCAAGCAUUUGCGACUUUAGCGGUUCAUCCGAAACUCAACGACCAAGUCAACGUCUUUAUUGCCUUGGCACCAGCCAUGUCACCUGCUGGUCUUUCAAAUGGAAUCGUAGAUGCUUUAGUGAAAGCGUCACCUCAAGUCCUCUUUCUUUUGUUUGGUCGACGAUCAAUUUUAAGCUCGGCAACGAUGUGGCAAUCGAUUUUAUAUCCGCCAAUUUUUGUGCGCGCUAUUGACAUAGGUCUGGAUUUCCUUUUUGGUUGGAAGGCUCGUAACAUUUCCAUGAGCCAGAAGCUAGCAGCUUAUCCACAUCUCUACUCAUUUACCAGUACCAAGAGUGUGGUCCACUGGUUUCAGAUUAUCCGUACCAAAUCAUUUCAAAUGUACGAUGAUGAUGUUCAGCCAGUCGUAUCUUUAGGAAGCGUAAGCAAAUACACCAAAGUCGCCAAAUUCCCGACUCGAAAUAUCAAGACACCAAUUGUUCUCGUCUACGGAGGCAGUGACUCUCUCGUCGACAUCAAAGUCAUGAAGCGAGAACUUCCAGCACAUACAAUCGCCACUGAAAUCCCUCACUACGAACAUCUGGACUUCCUAUGGGCACGAGAAGUGGAUACACUAGUAUUUCCCCACGUUUUCGACGCUCUUGAUAGCUUCGUAGACGCAGAGCAUUCUCAAGAGGAAUACAACAAUUAUCAUUCCGCACGUCACGCUUCCAUGAACGCAGGCGCUCAAAUGAAAUCCUUGACCUACAUGUCCGAGGACGAAAGUAACCAAGCCAACACCUACGCAGAAGUCGCAAGCGCUACACCUAGUAACGGCAUCAUCUCUAUGCGCUCCCCACAACAUUCAUCGUCUUCAGCAAGUGCCCGUAAGCGCGCCAGAAUGUCGACUUCAGAAUACGACUCAGGUGAGAGUUCGCCUAACUCGCCGGCUACACCCACACGUGCGAGCAGAGAUUCUGAGCAUGGGAAUUGGAAUGGCAAUGGCAAUUUAACGCGUAAAAUGAGGCAAGCGAGAAGUGGGAGUAUUGGCUCGCAAAUCAGUUUUCAGGAAAAGAAUGGGAGAGGGAUUAGUAUUGGGGCUAGUAAGGCUGUUAGCGGUGUUGUCAGUGGUGUCGGUUUGGGCGGUAUGACUGGUGCGAAGGGGAGUGGUGAUGAGAGUGUAGGGAAGAGUAAGAGUAAGAGUAAGAGUAAGAGUAAGAAGGAAAAGUAG